AGAGGAACCGCAACACGUCAGUAGUCUUCAGUGGCGAAAAAACGCACCUCACCGCCUCCUCUCUUUCUUCGCUCUCAAGCGCCUUUCUAAAUAUAUGAACGCACAUUACACACAAACAUGCCCCGUUCAAAAACCCCCAAGUCCCCAACCCCAAUCGUUAAUCACGGUUAUGAGCUUGACUUUUGAAGGAAUUCGAACAAAAGCAAAAAAGAAAUGCCUCUUUAUAAACGAAAGCCAAUUGCAUUUGUUGAGGAGCCAGGCGAUCUAAAUCCGGAAGAGCUUGUCUUUCAAAUUCAAUUAACAAAAGAAAUCUUCAGAAGUUAUAAUGAAUAUUUGAAGAGAAUUAACAUAUACCGUAAAAGAGUCUGGACAUGCAAAGCUACAGGGAAAGGCAAUUUGACCUAUGAAGAGGCGCUUGCUUCAGAAGAAAGGGCUUCCCAACGGAUACGAAAUAUUCCCGUCCAAUAUGUGGCUCCUAUUCUUCGUGAUGUUCAAUUCAGCAUGCUAAAUUUGAAAGAUCUGGUCAAUUCAAUUGCUGCAAAGUUUCAAGGCCCUUUUUCCGAGGGUGAUGAGUUAUAUGGAAAGAGGGAUGGUCGUUUACACAUGUGCAAAAUCAUAAAAAUUGUCGAGGAUGCUGAUUUGACAAAAUAUGAAAUUGAAUGGCUGGAUGAUGGCCAGAAAAAGAGGGGAAAGACUCUAUUAAAUGGUGAUGAUUUGUCAGUAAAGAAUCCUCCUUUCAGCAAACUGGUUCUCAAGGCUUUUAUCAAAGAUUCUACAUACAGGAACCUCCCUUGGGUUUUACAUGAUAAGUUAGCAAAGGCACACGGAAUCCCUACCUCACCUCCUGAAGAAUUGAAGUCCCAAUGUUGUUUGCAGAAUGGACUUAUAGUUUGUAACAGGAAGAGAAAAAAAAUUGAAGAGCCUAAAAAGACUGCAGAGGCAAGUGAGAAGGAUGUAAAGUGCGCUGAUGGAGUGAAUCCACAAGAUGAAUCCAUUAAGUAUCCCAUUGAUGAUCUGCUGGUGCAGCCUACCGAGGAAGACCAGCUUUUGACGGAAAGGCCCUUCCCCUGCAGAGACUUCAAUGUGCCCAUGGAUUGUGUUGGUGAUCUUUUGAUGGUGUGGGAUUUUUGUGCUUCAUUUGGAAGGCUAAUAAAUUUGUCCCCGUUCUCUCUUGAAGACUUUGAGAACUCCCUUCGUUAUAAAGACAGCACUCCUUUGCUCAUUGUGGAGUCUUAUUCAGCUCUCCUUCACUUGCUAAUAAAGGACAACGCAGACUUUUCUACAUUUAUACAAAAUAAGAAAAGGAAGCCAAAGAUUACUCAGACUACCUGGACAGAUUACUUGUGUGACUUCUUGGAAAUGACCCAAUGUGAUGAACUAACAGUGCAUAUUAAUACUAUUAAGCGAGGCCGUUAUUCCCUGUUGGAGAUUAAUGUGAAAUUGGUGAUUUUUCGUGAAUUGAUUGCUCAAGUUGUGGAGACGGAUACUGUGAGGGACAAAUUGGAUGAGUUUAUUGAAGAAAGACAGGCACUUGCUGCUGCAAGGAGGGAUGAAGCACUGGACGAAGGUAGAAAGAGGAGAGAGAAAAAGGAGCGCAAGAAGUUGGAAGCUAAUGGCAAAGAAGUUAAAGAUGAGUGUAAAGUGAAAUCUGGCGGGGGCAAUAAUGGUGUUGUACCCAAUGGAGUUGCUGCUGAUCGACGGAGUCAAUCCUCUGGUGGAACCAGUGAGAACGAACAAGGUGACAGCACGUCUAAGAAGAAUGCCAAGAAACGGAAGGUUGAGACCAACACUUCUCCAGAAGAUGUUAAUAACCCGUCCAAGAGGGAGAUCCAUAAGCUGAUGAAAAAUGAAGUCAAGGAGUCAUUAGGAAUGAAGAGUGCAGGGCAAAGGAAAGAAUUUCUUGAACGGGAGAUUGAGAAGAGAUUUAUUCGCACUAGCCCUUUAGGGAAAGAUAGAGAUCGCUGCACGUAUUGGUUUUUUCAACGUGAUGGGAGGGUAUUUGUUGAGAAUUCUGAGUCCACACAAUGGGGCUAUUAUCAAACAAAGGACGAGCUUGAUGCUUUGAUUGGAUCGAUGAACCAAAAAGGGGUGAGGGAGAGAGCUCUCAAAAAGCAGCUGGAGAAAUUUUACAACAAAAUAUGCACUGGACUUCAGAAAAGAUCAAAGGAGGCAACACGAAGGAUGCAAAUGGAAGAGUCCCUCGUUCGGAGGUCGACUCGUAUUCGUGCCCCAUUAGGGGAAAACCCUUCACAUUCGUUCCUUAAGUAUGUGAACAAGUGGAAAGAUACAUAAAUCAUUAACUAUAAGUAGUGCAGAUUCAUCUAACCACCCCAUUAAAGUGGGAAAUAGAAUAGAAUCGAUGCAUUCCGGUUGAAAGAUGAUGUUGCGAUAAAGUAACUAGCUCAGAAAUUUUGGAAGAGCAUUAGAUAAUCGUUUUUUAGGACCAAAUUUUGGGGCUCCAAAGAGCUAUAAGUUUAUGGAAAAUAUUGGUAGUUAUUUGUGUUAGUAAGUACUAUUUGUGGC